UCGAGCCCGAUAAAUGCCGGCCACCUUCCUUCGGCACAUUUCACGGCGAACGUCCGUCCCGUGGAUACUAACUCGCAUAUCUAAAUCCGUAGAGCGUCCCUGUCCGUACAAUUCCCAGGAUUGUUACCGGUCCGCCGGGACCGCGCUCCUUUGUGCAUGACCGGUCCUUAAUUCGCCGAGAACGCCGUCCCGCCAUCAUUGCUCUUUGUUUGAAAUAAAACGCGAAUAAAAAAUGAUCACCGAGAACACGUUCGACGACUACUACGAGGACUUCUUCGACGCGCUGGCGCUUCUGCAUUCGACCGAGGAAGACAGCGCCGAGAAACUUCGUCGCAUGCUGGACUCCUGCAUCGAGAAGAAGUGCGGUCCGGGCAAGACUCUGGCCGCCAGAAUGCCGAGGCGAUUCCUGCGGAGCAAUGACAAAUCGUCAUCCUACUCGAUGCGGACCGCGAAGAAGCGCGCGGCGGAGAUCUCGGGCGAAGCUGUUUCUCUUCUCGCGGUUGACGAGGAAACUGCGAACCGUUCGCUGGACAACGACGACGACGACGACGUAAAGGUGUUGGAGGUAUUCGAGGAGUGCUGUGACAGCGAAAACUUUCCGAGGAUCUCGAUUCCCGACGACGGAUCGGCUGUGUGCAAGAUGUGCAACGGCGCGAAACUGGGAGCCAUGAUCCUAUUGGAGUGUCAAGAGUGUCAAGAGACUUACCAUCCUCUGUGCCAUCAACCUCCAAUCGUCGACGUCGACGUUUACGAUCCCAGAUUCGUGUGGCGGUGCAAACGAUGCCUCGAAACGCCGGUAAUCUCCUCGAGAACCGUGGAAAAGGAGUCUGCGAAGGAAGUUCGGGAACACAACGAUACGCUGAGGAAGGAUGUUCGGAAGAUACUUGGAAAAAGGAACGGAGAUUUGUUCGAAAGGAAAAACGAUUCGCCAAGAGAAAACAGAAGCUCGCAGUUACGUGAGUCCACGUUAUUUGUGAAAGACUCGGCGAACAAUUCGCAGAAAAAUCCACCUGUUUUGCAACCGCGAAAGAGAGUUGGAUCCAAACUCGUUGUCGCUCGCACUUCGAUUAAGUGAGAAACGAGGUAAACACACGACCUAUGGAUGUCACACUAAAACACAGAGUGUAACGUAAGAUAAAAUAAUUGUACAAAAAUAAUAUAAUAAGAAAACGAUCGAACAAACCUGUAGCGUAAGCGAUUUGUGUGAGAUCAAUAAGAGGAACCAACUGCUGCUGAAUAUAUGUAUACGAUAAAGUUUUAUUUUGACAAUCGUUCGUAUUUACGCGAUACAAGUAGAAAUCAUUCUUCCGACUGAAAUCAGUAACCUGUUGCGGGUUCCGUCACGUACACAGAAAUACCUUUUAAUCACAGAAUAGAGCACUCGACCUAAACCGAUUACAGAAAUGCACUCUAUUUUACAGCGGUUGUAUAUAUAUAUAUAUAUAUAUGUAUGUGUGUGUAUGCACGUGUGUUUGUGUUUAUGUGUGUGUGUGUGUGUAUGGAUAUAUAAUCGCCACAAAUACACGGAAUCGGAGUGUUAAUUUACAUCGGAUGAUGAUCGCUCGCGUAGGAAAAUACAUCUACUAUUUCGCACGAUGACAACGAUAAAAUCGGUAACGUGAGCAGAAUGUUCGAGCCGCUCUCAAUCUCUCGAAGCACAGCCGAGGGAAGCGAACGAUUUUAUUAAAUUCGGUUACGCGAAAGAGAACGAACGAAAGUCUCUCUCGAGUCACACACGGCAGCCGCGUUUAAUCGCGCUCGUUUAUUCCCUUACAUUAAGGUCAACAGAGUUCAAUUACCUUCGGCGAUGCUGCGGAUUUUCAGUUGGAUUUGAGGUUCGAUUACUCUCACACUGAUUUAUACGUUAUGUAUAUAUAUAUGUGUAUAUGUAAGAGACAUAUAAGACCAUGGCAGAGAUCAAAGAGGUAUCGGAGACACGUUGUGUGUGUGUGCGGGCGAAAAAUGUCCUUCUCAGUUUCUUCACCUCGGACACGUCUCGACAUUUGCCACGAAAUAUAUAUCAAUACAUUUUUAUAUGUAUGUGUGGGGAGAGGGGGGAUAAUUAAUUACAGAUGUGGGGAGGGGUGCAAAAAAGAGAGUAUUGAAUAUGUUGUUCUGAUAAUUCUGACAAAAUCAGGUUGAAGAUAGAUUAUUAUUACUAGUUAACUAGGUUUAUACCGCUAUAGAUUACUCCGUUAAUUAAUUCUCUACUUCUGCGAUAAAUACACAACUUCAUUACGUGAUUCGUCGUUGAAUAUAGAAGAGCAGACGCUUCGGGAAAAUGAGAAAUUCUGUGAUAAUAACAGAAUUGAACUUAGUUGCCAUGUGCUGAAAACACGAAUAAAUUACAAUACGCUUUAUGAGAGAGAGAGAGAGAAAGAAGGAGAGAAAACACAUAAUACUGAAAGAAAAAGAAAGGAAGAUGAUAUGUAAGAAAAUUCCGAGAAAAACGUAACUAUAGAACAGAGCGUGGAAAAAUUUUGUGCUUAUUAUCACAGAAUUGUCAAUUACCCAAAUGAUACAUCGAGUAGUAGUUUGUUUUCUUUUUGUUCUUUUAAAUAUGAGAUCGUAGCGCUUAAUCGAUAAAAUUUCGAAAUACAUUGUAAAUUAGAAAAAGUGUUUCAAUAGCAAAAUUAUUUCGAAAAAUACAGAGUCGCGGGAAAAAUAGCCGCGACCCCCGCAUACGGUAAAUAUUUGUGUAAAGAUUUAGCUUCAGAUUUGUAUGUUUUUAAAUUGCCGCACUAAUGAAGAGAGAAAAUCGUCGUGUUAUUUGCUUGUGUUCACCACCGAGACACAUCCGCUCUGUAAUUUGUACAGGAUAAUUGUGAAUGACAAAUGUCUCUCUGUUGUUAGCAUUGUAUUUACAGCAAAAAGGAGAGAGCCUUGAGUUACGAUAGAGACAUUCUGGACAGAUAUGUUUAGUCGUUAUCGCUAAUGCAAAAUUCACACGAUGACAAAAUUUUCGAGUGCGUUUUUCCCACUUCCUUGAAAAAUCUCCGUUGUCUCUCGCUUAAUCUAAUUUCUUAGGAAAUUAAAAAAAUAUCCUCAAACAGAUAACGUAGAACAACUUUCUUCGUUACUUCUCUUUAAUUUGUUUUCUUCUCAUUAAUUUUCAUUUUGUUUUCACUCAAUGAAAGUGAUUUGUUGAUAUCUUAAUGACGACAAUUUGCGAGUAUAGAUAAAAUAAUAAAGUUAAUUUUUUACGUUAGGCGCAAUUAUAAAAAAGAUUAUUCUAAAAUAAACGUUUAGCACAGCUCUCUUUGGAAGCAUUAAUUUGCAUUAAUCAAUUUGCAAACUUAAUAUCGAUAUAGGAUUUCUCUAGAUUAUAGAACUUAGCACUCUCUUAAUUCUACUACGGGUUUUCGUUUCACAAACUUGUCGAAACUUAUUUCCGUUAACAUCAUAUACAUAUAUAUAUAUAUCUAAAUAAUUCUUUUACACACUAGUAAUUGCUAUACACGUACAUAUAUGUAUAUGUAUAUGUAAGUAUACAUAUACAUAAAUAUGUACAAAAAGAUACAUCAAAUAUAAUUCUCCUAAAAUGACUCGACGCGAUAUAAUUCGACACGAUAUUCCAUUAAGAUACAAUGUCUGAAGUCGCCGCACACAUCUUUCUUCAAUUACAUUCUCGGAGAAAUCUAGAGAUCAGAUUUCUCGUUUGGAGAAAAAAAAAUGUCUGAAUGAACACAUUCCGAUCUGAUCGCCAAAAGCCAGUUGUUAACGCACACACGUACUUACUUUACGCCAGUCGUUCUUGUUUCUUUUACGAGCGAAUAAAAUAUAUAUGUAAUAUACAAGAAAAGUGAUUCAGAAUUAUUGCUACAACGUAUUCAAAGAGUGCUUGCUAAGUAAAGUGUACAAGAUAUACGCACAGGUGAUUCAUUACACAGCGUUAUCGAGACUCCGUCGUUCGUACAAGAGAGAGAGAGAGAGAGAGAGAGAGAGAGAGAGAAAGAGACAGAGAGAAAGAGAAAAUCCACGUAAAAUUCCACGAUAUAUAUCUUUAGCAUCACUUGGCACGGAUUACCGAUUACAAUAUCGAUAAAUCAAACGCGACUGUGAGUGAACUUGGUUUCGUAUCAGUGUAGAAAACCUGCAAAUAUGAUAGGAACCGUCGUGUUACGUUAUAUCGAAUUCACUGUAUCGUUCAUAUCGCGCGCGCGCGCAUGUGUGCACAAAAAAAAACUAAUCUCUAACUUUUCCUAAUAAUUACAAAAAGUCUCCCUAAAACUUCGCGCCAUGUUAAUAUGUAUACUGUGACGAUGAUAUAUAUAUAUAUAAAAGUUUUAUAAUUAAUAUGUUAUAAUAUUUCAUUAAUUAUAUGUAA